UCUUCUGAAACCAUGCAUGCCAAAAGCCAAGUUAACAUUCUUUGAUGGGAGUAUAAAACCCGCCAAAUUUCUCCUAGCAGGUAGCCUGUAGUACUUGAACACACGUGAAUAUUGUUUAUACCAACAAACAAGUUUCACCAUUCCAAGAAACAGCAUGAAUUGUAAGUGGUUUGCAUCUUUAGCCUUUUUAAUUCUUCUUGAAAGUUCCAAGAUUGAAAGUCAAGAUGUUCGGGUGAAGCUCUGUGGUCGCGAGUUUAUUCGGAUGGUGGUCACAUCGUGUGGAAGCUCUCGACUUAAACGGGACGCGCCUGAUUUUGGACCUCUUUACACAAAGCCCCAUAGAAGGCUUCAAAACUGGCUCAACAGAGAUCUCCUGGCAAACCAGAAAUGGGCCCAAACCAGUCAAGAGGAGCAGUGGAAAGAGUCUGAAUCCCCUGAAAGCGUGACAGAUCAUCCAGCCCCCCAGCAGCACAUGAGCCCACAAGCAGAAGUUCUGGUACACUCAACCGCUGCGCAGGAUCUCAGCAUGUCCUACAGAACCCGGCGUGAUGUUGGUCCAGCGGGCGUCUGCUGUACUUCGGGAUGCACUAUGAGUGAACUGAUUCAAUACUGCUAGGUGCGCAGUUUAUUCUUAGGACAAAUGUAGAGGGAUAUCCUCAGCACCAAAGGAUUUCUGUGAAUGUGGUAAAUUAUAGAUCAUUAAAAAUUCUAUCUAAGCACAAAUAUGAGAUGAAUGAGUGUGGUUUGACAGAGCAUUACGCUUUUGAUAUAAAGUACUGUCAUGCUGAAGUUUAAAUAUGUAUAAUCAGAUAUAUUUUUUUGCAUUUAUAGACUUAACAGGUAAAACUGAAAGGGGCCUUCGUGCAAUGAAUCUAAAGAGUCAAAAAAUGUUACUUUAUAAUCUUAGAAGAUUUUAGUUGGCAAUGACUUUAGCACAUACGAACUAAGUACUGUGAGAAUUGAAAAUAAAAUAGUGUAAGAUUUAUUAAAUAUUAAUCUACAGAGAUGCUGCCUUCGAAAAAAUGUAGAGCUGAUUUGAUGUUUGUGAAAUACAAUUAAACUUUUGUGCCCAAAAAUUAUAUGCCUGUGUUUAUUUG